AGCCUCCAGACAUGGCUUUUUGAGACAUUGACGUCUUGGAGGCAUACUAGUCUUUGUUCGGGGUUUGCUCACGAUGCUGUGAAGGCUCCGGUUACAGGAUUUUUUUUUUCUUUUUUUUUUUUCUGUAGGAUCAGUGAGUAGCCUACUGCAGCAAAGCACAUGCUCUGCGACGCCCGUGUGACAGCUCUCCUUCUCCUUCUUCUGGUUGUGGUCUCUCACUCCCACUACCCAGCCUGUCAUCCCCUGCGCCACGGCGGCCAAAACAACGGUGACCUGCUGCAACCCACGGCGAAAGGGGUGGGCGUACCCAACGAAAUAUGUCACUUUAACUCUUUCAGUCUCAACAACCAUGUGGCACCCCUAAAACGAAAGGAAUGUCCGGGUUGUUGAGGAAAGCACAUUAUAAUUGACUGAAGCAGAUUCUGUUAUUAUUUUACAGCAGUGCCCUAAGUUCGGAACACUAGCUCUAGGACAUUCAUUAAUGUGUACAAAUGUUCACUGGUGUUUUUAGAGCUUCUAAAUUUGCCCCAGCUGGGUUAAGCUAUUGUACCCUUGUGAUUUGGGCUAUGAUGGACGAUUCAGAUUUGAGAUUUCCGCUAUUUAGAAAUUGAUUGUAACAAAAUAAAUGUGUAGCUUAGCUUAGCUCUUUUGUCUAACAAGUGAUGCAAAACUUGAGACUGAGAUACAGAAUAGGUUACCAUGGGCUAAGGAACCCGACACAGAACAGUUUUAACGGGAGGGCGGCUCGUUUUGUCUCAGCGAGGAGGGAUCGGUAUAAACCAGACGGGGUGGAGCAUAACACUGCCGUGCCCCUCUCCGCGCAGACGGCCUUGUGUCCCGUUUGCCUUGAGCAGAGAAAAAAACUGUUGAAACUAACCGACAGAAAGAGGGGGCCGGCCUAUGGGAGGGACUACUGCAAAGGGAGAAUUGGAAGGAGGAGGGGGUGGGGAGGCGGCACGGGUGCUGUUUCUCCAGUCUCUUUCCCGUGUCUUUGUCUCACACUCUUUUGUUAGCCAUGCCUAGCCUGCUGGUUCUAGCAGGGAUCAUGGACAAAAAUGGGGGCUACGGCUCGGAUCUAGCCGGCUCCGGUUUCGGUAGCGAAGGUCUCCUGGUGCCACCCGACGAAGAAGAGGAUGACUCUCGUGCCCUCCGGGUCGCCUUGGGCCAGCUGUCUCUGCUGGGUCUCGGGGAAGGCGAAAACGGUGGUGGGUCUCCAGUAACUGGAGUACAGGACCGGAGUAACAAUAACAAUAACCCCCACAACCAUGCUAACAGCGUCGGUGGAGGAGGUGUCGGCGAUACCGGGCUUUUGCAAGGGAAGAGCAAGUUAUGUGUCCUGUACGAGGGAUCCUCAACUGAAACUAAAGGACGUGGCUGCAACAUAACAGAAUGCGUCCCUGUGCCCAGCUCCGAACAUGUGGCCGAAAUAGUGGGGAGACAAGGGUGCAAGAUCAAGGCCCUACGAGCCAAGACCAACACCUACAUCAAAACGCCUGUUCGGGGUGAGGAGCCUGUCUUCCUCAUCACCGGCCGCAAGGAAGACGUGGCAUUGGCGAGACGCGAGAUCAUCUCAGCGGCCGAACACUUCUCCAUGCUGCGGGCAUCCCGCAACAAGCUGGGAGUCUCCUUCAGCGGCUCCCCGCCCACGCCCUUGCCCGGCCAGACCACCAUCCAGGUGAGGGUCCCCUACCGCGUCGUCGGCCUGGUGGUCGGACCCAAAGGCUCCACCAUCAAGCGCAUCCAGCAGCAGACGUGCACUUACAUCGUGACGCCCAGCCGCGACCGGGACCCCGUCUUCGAGAUCACGGGCUCACCGAGCAACGCCGAGCGGGCGCGCGAGGAGAUCGAGGCGCACAUCGCCUUCCGCACGGGCGGCAUCCACGACCACAACAACGAGAACGACUGCCUGGGGCCCGACAGCGCCACCACGGGGCUGGAGAGUCGCCUGCAGCAGGUGUGGGGCCUGCAGGGAGGCCAGCGCAAGCCCCUCACCAGCAGCUACCGCCAGAAUUUCUCAGAUGCCAUGAUCGGGGGUAACGGAGGAGUAGGAGGCAGCAACGGUGGCGGAGUGGGGAUAUACAGCAAGGGUGAGUAUCCCAACCCCGCCAACAGCGGAGGCAGCGACAAGCCCUGCUCCUACUUCGGUUCCGACGGGUCUUCCAGCUGGGUGGACCCCGACUACCCCAAACAAAUGGCCUUUUAUGCCCAGCAACGCUCCAAGAGCUUUGGGGGUCUCCCCUUGCCUCUCACCAGACUGUCCCCCAGCCUGACGGAGUCUUGUGGCAACUCGGCCCCCCCUGUGAUCGGGGGAUCCCCCCACGCACAGGCCCGUCGCGCCCACAGCGAGCCCACCUCCAGCAGCCCCGCCUUCCCUCCUGGUCGGCUGCCACUGUCCGACUCCCCACCCAUGAUGAGGGACUGCAUGACGUGUUUCGAGAGCAAGGUGACAGCUGCGCUGGUACCAUGCGGCCACAACCUCUUCUGCAUGGAGUGUGCCAUCCGUAUCUGUGAGCUCGGCCACCCCGAGUGCCCUGUCUGCCACACCCUUGUCACGCAGGCCAUCCGAAUAUUCUCGUAGAAACAAACAAACAAAAAAUCUCUUUUUUUUUCAUUUAGUUUACUUUAUUCUGUGAUUGAAUGAAUGAUUUAAUGAUCCAGUGAAUAUGAUUUUUUAUGUUUUUUUUAUGUUUGCUUUUUGUUAUGUUUUGUUUUUCGCUCUUUUUUAAGUGAAUUUUAACCAAACAAGCAGAUAUUUUAGAGGGCACUGCUUGCUUUACUAAAAAAGUAAGAAAUAUUUUUAAGUUUUUCUUUUAUAUAUAUAUACACACAUAUAUAUUUUAUAAAACUUUUCAUUUAUAUGUAAAAUAUAGGUCGAAACAUUUUUCUUUGACUAAAAAGGCUGCUGUUUACCCCAUCUAAAUCAAGAAUGGGUGUAAACAGAGGACUCAUAAUGUGAAUAUUUUAAAACAUAUGAGUUAUCUUUUUUUAAAAGAGAAAGUAGUUAGAAAUGGAAGAUAGUUUUACAUCCUGGUAUUCAAACUAAACACGUAAGAAGCGAUUUUGAAUAUGUUGAAAGAAAAACUAGCUGCACCUUACAUUUUAUUUUACAUCAAACAAUGAUUGUCAACCCUCCUUGCUAAUUGGAGUAUUAUUAUCAAUUCUCUACACUUUAACUUGGCUUUAUAUGUAUACCAAACUAACAUUUGAAAAUUUGAACAAAAGCUCAGAGGACUGACAAUUUCUUUGCUAUUUCAUUUGCACCAUUUUUCAUAAUUAUGAAACAAAGAACCCUCGGAAAAAAUGUUAGCAGUCCUGUUAAUAUCCACAAGAAUGUUCUGGAAAAAUGAGGGGGAAAGAAAAAGAGUAGGAACCCAAGGAAUUUUACUUAACAGUAUGUUUGGCCAAGUGCCUAAGUCUCCACCAUCCAUUCUGCCUAGAAAUACUCUGUAUACCUUCAGAGAUCUGUUAGUACCAUUCUAUUCUGAAAUAAUUGUUUUAAUAGAUAUUCAGAUUUUAACUGGAAACCAUUUUUUAUUAGUGACUCACAUGACAUCCUUGUGGUUUACUGAAUUUAUAAAACACAGUGGAAGUUGAAUGAGAAUGGCUGUCUGUCUGGUUAGGAUUCAUUCCGUUGGCUCUCUCCAGGAAACUGUUUUCCCUCUGAAUCGUCCUCCCCAAACCCCUCUCUCUCGCGCCCAGAUAAUUUCUCUGUUCAGUGGGUGUUGCGUGGAAAAUUUGAGAAGUUUUUUUUUUUUGGGAUGUGCAUGUGUGUUAACGGUUGUGAGAAGCUUCACAGUAUAGCUGAGCUGUGAGUCACAGAUGAUACAGCGAUAAAUUUGGGAGAAAAGUUGGCCUAUAAUCAGAUUUGGAAAAAGCCCCGCACAAAGAAGGGGACAGGGCGAGAGGCUUAGCUCUAGAGUACAUCAUGAGGCCUCCCCUCCCCCAUGUACCACAGCCACGUAUUUGGGCUACAAAGUGCCUGCUGUCCGUUUUUUGUGUGUUGUUGUAAUUGCUAAAGCAGCACAGAGGCAGGUGUUUCAUAGUGCACUGUAGAUGUGACCUCAAGUUCACGCCCACCCCCCUACUCCCC